AUACACAAGCGGAAGAAGACCGGAGUGCAAGGACAUGACUUGGAGGAAGAAAAUUCUCAAUUUCAGAUACCUACCCCUUGCGUGAGUGUCACAAGAAUCAUUCAUGGUGCGGUCAUGUUUAAAGUGUUUGAUUGGCUAUCAUCUUCAACAACUCGAACCUCAACAACAAAUUCAUCGUCAGUAUCAUUUGGAACAUCUACAAGCAAAAUCAUUCUUGAUUUAGGCCCGCCAUUUGUUCAUCAUCAACACCACCACCAUCUUCCUCUCCAUUGGCGACGCGUGGCCUUGUGAUUUGUUUCGUGAGUGAUUCCUUCCCUCCCUCUAAAGGAAAGAAAAAUCUUCGAGUUGAGCUCAAUUGUCAUGACAAUUCCGAGCGUGUGGCUCAGAAUGUUACCAAAACAUUACGUUGUGAGUUUUCUGGUUUGGUUUGUGGUUGUCUUAACCUCAGCUUCAUUGGUGGCAAGUCUCUCACCCGUGGACUUCAGGAACGCUUAUGACGACUUGAGAACAGGCUUGAGAUGUAUCGACAUGGAGUCCACUGUGAAGACGCAGGAUCGUGAAAAGUUACUAGAUUGUACGCAUUCACUGGUGAAUCUUUGUCACUAUACCUAUAAGACCAAGUUCAAGAACCAACGAGAAGAUAAUUGCGAAGAAAACUUUGAGAAAAUCUGUUCAAUCACGUUCAAGCAACAAGCGGUGAACGAGACAAUUAAAAAGUGUUACAAACCUAUGGUCAAGGAAUGCUCGGAUGAGAAGAAAGCUGACAGAAAGCCCAUUUGUAAGACAGUAUUUGAGUCUGAGUGCAGUACAAGAUACAUUGAAAAGCAACUCGGCAAGUUUGUUGGGGAAACCGUUUGUUCCAAGAUCCCAAAACAACUUUGUGGUUCCAAUUCAUGCAGAUUCAUACCUGGGCUUGAAGAGUGUCACAACAAAACCGUGAUUAAUCUGGUGAACGUGCCAGAAGAAAACUGCGAUCUAGUUCCCCAAAAAACGUGCCAUGGAGCCAUCAAACUCGUCCCUUACCUAAGUCCCCAACACGAAUGUGAGAAUGUUCCAAAAGAGGUGUGCUCCUUUGGAGUGAAAGGUACAAUAUUUGGAGAGCAACCAAUUGUGACCAAGUGGUGCUAUGACCCAUCCGACGGAUUACAAGAACCUCAGGACUCCACUGAUUCGUUUACAACGCAUGACAAUGGAAGUAGAACAGGCCAAACUGUUGGAAUUCCAAGCACGGGAGUGACCUCCAGUUCUCCCAAUUCAAAUGAAAACAAUUCUAGAACAAGGCUCAAUGAUAUCAGUCCCUUAGGCUCAAGAGCAUCGGUUGAUUUCCCAGAUCGUCUUGGUAGUAAUAGAACACCAGGUUCUAGUGACAGUAACAAAAAUAGUAAUUCCUCAAAUCCCUUAAGUGAUUAUCCUCGUCCAGGUUCAGGUUUUGCAUCUUCUGGAUCUGGAGCAUCUAUUGGUGUUGCUGGUUUAAUGGGUGACAACAAAAAAAUUGGAUCGAGUGCGACAGUGUCUAAUGGAGGAGCUAACUUCGAGUCCUCAAGCUCAUUUGUUAACACUGGAUCAACUGUAGGUAAAAACUUUGUGCCGGAGUUCCAAUUACCGCCUUCAGCAGCUGAAGUCAUCAACACCUUAGGGCCUAAUCCUGCCCCUGUCGCUGACGAUGUUUCAUACGAAUAUGAUUAUGAAGGUCCAAACUCUGUUGAUCACAAUUCUAAUGGUAUAGAUUACGCAGUGCCAUUUCUAGAAGAGGCUCAACCAUCCACCCCUGAUCCUUUUACUCCUCUGACAACGCCAGCCACCACUCCACGAACUGAGUUAAGGGGUACAGCUUCAGCAGACAUUGGACCGGCGUAUGAGAAAGCAGGACGCGGUGCAAGAAUGCAACAAGGAGGCUCAAAAGAUAACUUGUUGCAGCUGACCAGCGAUGACGAAUACAGCUACGACGAUUACUACUACGAUGAAGGAGAUUAUCCAGAGGCUCUUUUCUACACCACUCCUGGUGACAAAGAGCUUAGCAAAAGGACAACCAGGAUAUCAGCUACUACUACACCUAGCCCAAAUGUUGCUUCAAAGUCCUUACCAUUGUCCACAAGUCAAAGUGGUGGGUCCAUUCGGUCGACCAACAGUGUUCAUGAUCUGAUUAACGAAAGCAACAUAAAAUUCCACAAAUUCAUUCCCCAUGAUCUUAAAACAAUUGUAGAUCUAGUAAGUGAAGAUGCCAAAAAGGAUCUCAAAUUUGCUCAAGCCAAUGGGCCCGAUGCCUCGAAAAAAGCAGAAAAAGCCGCUUUAGCAAAGGUGAUACAACACAAUGAUCAGGAUAGAGUGGUGGAUAAAACAGUUAUCAUUAAGAACACGCCCGAGGCUUUAAAAGUGUUUGGAAUAAAAAACAUACCCAAAGAGCUUUUUGAUAAAGAACGACAGCUCUUGCGCUUCAAUGAAGUCCGAAAAAAAUCUCAUGACGCUCUCAGCUCUCCAACACAAAGGAAUCCCACACAAAAUAACCAUUUUCCUUCUUCUCCUCCAAAUCCUGCCAAUUUGAUUGGUGUCUUGUCUGUUGACAAGGGGCACAAAGAUCAUGGUAUUCAGAAUGACAAUGCACGAAAAGGUAAAAACGCUGACAGCCGAGCAAAAGAUGGAUUAACAAACUCUCUCAAAAUUGGACCCAGUCGUGGUAAUAACAUUCGAGGUAUUGACAGCAAUAACAUCAGAGCAAAUGGCAGCAAUACUUUAGGUUCGAUCGACCAUACUGAAACCACCAGCACCAGCACUGCCAUUUAUAUUGAAGAGGUGCUACCUACUGACAUGGAAGCAAACAGCCAAGAUAAACCUUCGACUUCAAAUCCCUUUCUAGCCAAUAGUAGUCCGACAAAUCCCGUUGUUAUCAAGGGUCGGGCCAGUUGGGAAAUUCAGCCUGUGCCUACAAUUCCUUACUCACGUCCGAUUGUUAGUGUGUCAUCGAGUGGAAAACUCAACCCAAAACCAUUUCCAGCCAAGGGAGGACUAAAUUUCCGUCAACCCAAAAAUAUUGCCCAAAAUCUGGCUGUUACCAAAGCUCAGAGCUUCGCCAUUCCUGACAAACCUUCGGGACCCAAUAAACUCGAAAAAUUCAGAAAGCUUCAACAGACUGGAUUACAAAAUACCAUCAAGAAUCACCAAGCCUUGAUCCAUCCCAGUCAAGUGAACAUGCAUGAACCUCCGUUCAAGAAUGAUAACGCUUUGUUCUUUCCUACUAACAUUGCUGAAAUCCUUUCAACUGACGACAAAACUCGCACUUCCAGAAACCCUCAAAAUGUGUAUGAUCCUCAGGCUCAAGCUACAAAAGUAACUUUUAGCCCACCACCCACUCUUCAGUAUGGCUUUAGACCCCUAUCGACACCUUCAUUGCCAUAUUCAACCCCACUAGGGGGUUCAUCUUACAAAAGUACGGGAGGGCAAUUCAGCCCCCCUAACACGCUCAUGUUCGGUUUUAGCCCUUUGUCCACAGCCACACAAAGACCUUCGACGUAUGACGACGCCUUGUCUCAGGUCCAAAAAGGCUUCACCCCACCUAUUCCAGCCUCUAACAGCGGUGGUAAUUUGGAUCAUUUCCGUUCCACGCCUCACCAAUCCAACCAGGAUGUUCAGUUUGAAAAUAGCCUUUUUCAAACUGAACAUCCAUCUCGUCCAAGAAAAAGUCGCUCUAUGAUGACCAUCCUUCAGGAUUUUUUCAAGCCAAUCACUCAGCCACUUCAAGACAUCAUGAGUGGGUAAAAAGUGCGCUAGGCAUUUCAAUAUGCUAUCCGUUAUUUUGGCUGUCAUUGCAACUUUUUCAACGUCGCAAAUCCGCUUGGUGGAGGUCUUCGAUCUGUGAUACGAAGUGUGUGUAAAGUUUUAAUAAUCAAUCGACCACAAUUUGUCCGUCUAAUAUGUUCAUGCUGCUAUUGCAGCAUGAAUGUUCAAAUUACUAUGUUUCUAACAACAAUCGUUUGAUCAUCCGCUAAUAGACUCAGAUUGUACUAACGAUAAGCAGUAACUCAAUAAAGUUAAAAAAUAUGA